AUGUCUGUCUCGGACGCACCUGUCAGCAACGCCGAGGCUGCCACGCCAGCCCCCAUCCGCGUCCGCGCCCAAGACGCCGAGAAGUUCGUCCAAGACGUGCUUGUCGGGAAUGGCGUGACGCCCGAGAACGCCGCCAUUGUUGCCAAGUGCCUCGUCGCGGCCGAUCUUCGCGGUGUCGACACGCACGGCAUCAACCGCGUCCCCUCGUACAUGGAACGCAUCCGGCAAGGAGUCCUCGACGCGAAAGCGUCGCCGACGCUGCAGCAAAUCACGCCCGUGGUCGCGCAGGUCGACGGCCAGAACGGGUUCGGGUUCGUGGCGGCGCGGCUCGGGAUGGAGGCCGCGAUCCGGAUGGCGCAGGAGUUCGGCAUCGGCAUGGUGAGCGUCAAGCACUCGAAUCACUUUGGGAUGUCGGCAUGGGUGGUGCAGCAGGCGCUGGACGCGGGCCUCAUGUCGCUCGUCUUCACCAACUCGUCGCCGGCGCUGCCGGCCUGGGGCGGGCGCGAGAAGCUCAUGGGCGUGUCCCCCUUGGCGUGCGGCGCGCCGGCUGGGCGGUCGAAGCCUUUUAUCCUCGACAUGGCGCCGUCGGUUGCGGCGCGAGGCAAGAUUUACAAGGCGCUGCGGCGCGGGGAGGCGAUUCCUCGCGACUGGGCGCUGGACGCAGAGGGGCGGCCGACGGAAGACGCGGCCUCGGCGCUGCAGGGUGUGAUGUUGCCAAUGGGUGGACCAAAGGGCUCGGCGUUAGCGAUAAUGAUGGAUGUUUUCAGUGGAGUGCUGUCGGGGAGCGCUUUUGCGGGCCACGUCACGAACCCGUACGACGCGUCCAGACCUGCCGACGUGGGCCACUUCCUCGUCGCCCUCAAGCCGGACCUUUUCAUGAGCCUGGAGGAAUUCAAGGAGCGCAUGGACUACUUGUACCAGCGCGUGGUCGGGUCGGAGAAAAUGGCGGGCGUCGAGCGCGUGUACUUUCCCGGAGAGAUCGAGCAGCUGACGCAGGACGAGCGCGAGCGAAACGGCAUUCCGUAUGUGGAGGCCGAGGUCACGGCGCUCAACAAAGAGGCACAGCUGGUUGGUGCAGACAGAGUCAGACCCAUGGCCUGA